AUGCCUGAAGAGACCUUGGAUUCCAUUCCUGACUCUACAAGUCCCCGCAUGUCUGAAAACCACAGCCUGUCAGGGAGCAGUCAAAGUAAAUCUUUAGUUUUAUAUCAUGGCCUGUCGUGUCUUGGGGGCCAGAAUACUAAUGUGGCUGAUUCAGUUAAAGAGUUCAAAGUAAGAACAGAAAGAGUGGGGCACUCCUUAGUUAAGUCUUUGGCUGUGUGUGAAGAAAAGAACCCAACCUGGAGAAAAACCAUGGAAGAUACCACAGUGUUCAUAAAAAACUACGGCAGCAAAGAAGGGACAUGUUUCUUUGGCAUCUUUGAUGGGUUUCAUGGGUGUAGUUCGGCUGAGAUUGUAUCUAGAGAACUUCCUGUCCUUCUGCUGGAGGAACUCUCAAAACAAGACCCCUCCUUCUCCCUGGAGAAAAGCGAGCUGGAGUUCCUGUCCGGAUUCGACAGCCUGUUCCACAGAGAUACCAGAGAGCUCAGUCCUGAGGGCUUUAAAAACGCAACCGAGGACAAUCAGUUCAACUUCGCCUUCAGCACAGCCUUCUCCAAGAUGGACCGAAUUCUCGGACUGGGGCGGAACGAAACCUCGCAGAUUCGCUGGAGUGGAUGUACAGUCUUAAUCUGCUUAAUUGACAAAUCUCUCUCAGAAGCCAAGAGCACUGAGGGCAGGAGCUCCAAAAAUUCUGCUUCAACUGAACGCCAUCAGUCAGCAGAUGUGAGACUGCACGUUGCUAACUGCGGUAACAUACAUGCACUCCUGUUCACUGAUGACACAACUUUCCUUCUGACUGAGAACCACUGCAUGUCCAAUCCCAAAGAACGAAACCGCAUCCUACAAGGGGGUGGCUCCAUCAGCGACAACAAACCUCACGGACUGGUGGAGGGGUUGACCCCAAAUACGCGAGGCCUUGGUAACUAUGGCAACCGUAAACUGAAAAAGUCGGUGAUACCGGAGCCAUACGUGGUAUCGCUCUCCGUAGAUCCAUCCUUCCAGUUGCUGGUGAUGGCUUCCAGUGGCUUGUGGGACGUGCUGGACACAGAAAGGGUGACAUCUGUGGUUCAGGAGCGCGUCCGGUCUCACCUGGAAUCCUACCACCUCAACGUGGAGUCACGGGAAAGCUCAGAUGAUCAGGAUAAUGAGAUCCUAUUCCACCGUCAUCAUGAGGAGGAGGUUCCGGAAGGGUCUGACAACGUGGAGACUUCAACCCGAAUUCAGACGGGAGCUCGGAAUAUGGAAGAGAGCCCAGGGAGAAUCCACUCGGAUCUUACCAGACACGAUCAGCUUCUAGCCACCAUACUGUGCCAGGCACUCACGAGAGAAGCCAUAGCAGCAGGUUCCAGAGAAAAUAUCUCAGUUAUAGUGGUACUCCUACAAGGGUCGGAGGUUCUUUGCGCAAAAUCUCAAACAAAGAAAGCCUAA